UAAGAGGCUGUGUUCCUGUCUCGUGUGUGCUGUACGCAUUUAAUGUACACAAUGUGGUGACAUUGGAAGAAAUGUGUUAAUGUUAUGUAAUGUUAGUGUUUACACCGGGGUAAUUACCAGUUAAACCAAAAAUAUCAGGACCCGUCCCAUGAUGGAGCCGGCCAACAUUGAUAACCUGUGUAUUCUGUACCAGAGCUCCAACUUCAUCGUGGUGAACAAGCACUGGGACAUCCGUAUCGACAGCAAGAUGUGGUACGAGAAGCAGACUGUCCAGAGCCAGCUCAAACAGAGGUUCCCCGAGCUAGCAGACCCAGACACGUACUACGGGUUCAGAUUUUGCCACCAGCUGGACUUUUCCACCAGUGGUGCGCUGUGUGUUGCUCUGAAUAAGAGCGCUGCUGGGAAGGCCUACAGGUGCUUCAAAGAACGGUUGGUCACCAAGGCCUACCUUGCUCUGGUGAGGGGGCAUGUGCAAAGCAGCAGGGUGACUGUUGAUUACGCGAUUGGUAAAAACACUACAGAGGGAAUGACACACAUGAUGUGUAUUGAAGGAACACACGGUUGUGAGAAUCCCAAGCCAUGUCAAACUGAGCUGAUCGUCUUGGAAUAUGGAACUUACGACGGAGACCCAGUGACGAAAAUUCUGCUGAAGCCCUUAACAGGCAGGACCCACCAGCUGAGAGUGCAUUGCAGUUCCAUCGGGCAUCCCAUUGUGGGCGACUUCACCUACAGCCUGAAGAAGGACUGUGCGCCGUACCGCAUGAUGCUGCACGCCUACUUCCUGCGCAUCCCCGUGGAGGCAGAGCCAACUGAGGUCACGGCCUGUGACCCCUUCCUGACAUCCAUUGACCCCAAGUGGGUCCCAGAGCGAAGGGAGCAGCAGCUGGAGAGGCUCAUCCAGGAGCUAAAGGACCAGGAUGUGGCAGACCAGGACCUGGCUGAAGAACACAGGAGACAGAAAGAGCUACUGACAAAACAAGACCAGGGCAGAGCUGAGAAGAGCGUCAUGGAGAGCGAGGAGCAGAGGGUGCAGUGUGAGCAGUGGCUGGCUGAGUGGACGUUAGAUUAAGUAAUAGAGCACAACAUGAUGUGUAUGCCUAAAGGGUGACUGGCCCUGGUGGCUGUCCCUUAGAGCCCAAUGUUAUAGAUUGGACUAUGGCAGUUGGUAUGAGUGUAAUCCACAAUUUUGAGAGACAAACAGGCAGGUUUACCCCAUUUUUAUCAAGCAUACUCUAAGUAAUAUGCCCUAGUAGGCACUGUGACCACUUAACCCAUAUUUGCAUGUUACAGCUGGUUUUGCUGACCUUGGUUACCUAAUGUUGCCUCAGGUAAGGUGGUCCAAGAUAUUUCUGAAACCAGACAGAUAUCAAAACCAUUGAAUUAUCCCCUUUUCUUGGAGGUUAGUUCUGCUAUAACUGCACUUGACCUGUGUGGGUACUGCAGUUACUGUGUUGCCUUGGGGCAGGUAUGCAUGGUAUAUUACAGUCAUUCUAAAAAUAGUAGAUAAUUCAAUUAGUAUUUUGCAAACUGAUUACAUGUUCUAUUGAACAAAGAAGUGGUUUUGCAGAACAUUUGUGUUUUAGAUUAUUAUUAUUAUUAUUAUUAUUAUUAUUAUUAUUAUUAUUAUUAUUAUUAUUAUUAUUUAUUUAUUAGCAGACACCCUUAUCCAGGGCGACUUACAGUCAUAAACAAAAAUACAUUUCAAGAAUCACAGUACAAGUAUUAAUACAAUUAAGAGCAAGAUCAAGAUUUUGACAUACCUGUGGAUUUAGACCUCUAUCUGUUGUGUCCUUUUCACUGAUAACUCCUUGCAGCUAUUUUAUAUAUGCAAUUGGUUAAUUUCGGGCAGAACUAGUGACAAUUUCAUAUUUUUAAAUUUGAAGUUAAUUUUGUAUAAUUCUUUUUAACGUGGAAGAAACAGUGCUUUCAGUAGUAACAUUUACCAUGUUUGGUUGACUAAAGUGUUUGUUGAGGCGCCAUGGAAGUACACCUUUUAGCAUUUUCUUUGUGUUAAGUUAGUAGUGUAUUCGUUGGUGAUAAUGUGUGUUUAUUCAGCCCUGCACCUCAUCUGAUUAGAAGCUCCACAGGAACUCUUGAGACUCUUACACUCAGAACCUCUGCACAUUCCUCAUUCCUCUUGGGUGGCUUGGAGUGUUCAAAUAAAAGGUCAUUUUAGCCAAACAUGACACCUGAUUCUUACUGCAAUUACUUGAGUGUUAUGUUUUUCUAUUACAUUUUUGAUACUUUCGGUGUAACGGUUCUGAGUGCAGAACUGAUGACAGUGCUGUGUAUGGCAAGCAAUUAGAACUCAGGGCAAAGCACCUUUUAAUAUAUAAUAUCAAGAAAUCAAAACAAAACACAGUCUGUGAGUGAUUGCUUUAGGGACCACUCAGAAAGUUUGCAAAACAAAAUGUAAUAUGAAGCUACUUACUCUUAAUCUACAUUGGGUUACAAUAACAAUGCAUGCAUACUUAUUGUUGUACAGUUCAAAAUACUGCUAAAUGAUUGUGUGCUUUAUUACAAAGUACUGUAUCUUGUUCAGUUAUCACCAUUUUUCAGCUAUUUAGAUUAAGAAUAGUGUCUGUUGGUGCUGUGUUUGGUCUGUUUUGUGGUCAUCUUGUUUUGUACUUUGUAUGAUAAAUGUUGUGAAAAUAUGUCUUAAUGUUAUAUUAUAUACAUUUUAAAUUAUAUUUAUAAAUGGGGAAUGAAAUAAAACAGAUAGUGCUGUUAA